AUGAUUGGUCGUGUUCUCUGUGCUCUAUUGAUUAUAGCUGUCUCUAUGACAACGCUAUGUCAAGGUGCCCGAAUUGUGAUCUCAGCAACUCCAACAACUAUCUCCUCCGGAGUGACUCCCACAUUUACUGUCCGUUGUGCUCUAGAGAACAGUGAAGGAUCAACUGUCAGCCGUGUGUCUACCAUCGUCAUUAGGAAAGUGGAAGGCCCAAUCCAGAGAGAUGUGGCCAGGAUUGCCUACGGGGAAUCACCGGUAGUCGGAUCUUGGGCACUGGGCGCCACGGUGACAGGGGAAGUCCCUGAUAGUUAUGGCUUCCUACAGGCCACCUGGUCAUCUCCUGGUCAUCUACAGGCUGGCGGUUACAACUGUGAAAUCGUGGCAGUAGAGAAAGACGGAACCAACAUCAAGUUCAAGUCUAACAUCCAAGUUGACAGCACUGGGCAAAGUGUUGAUGACCUGGCCAAACUAAUUGCCCAAUUUAAAGAUGAAAUUGACACUUUGAAGAAUACUGUUAAUGACUUGAAAACUAGCAAGUCUGAAUGCCAAAAUGAAAUUGACACUUUGAAAAAUACUGUUAAUGAUUUAAAAUCUAGCAAGUCUCAAUGCCAAAGUGAAAUUGACACUUUAAAGAGAUCCGUUCAGAGUUUGAACACGAACGUCGCCAAUAUUAUCCCGCCCCAUUACGAACAGGGCUCUGUGACUUGUCACAAUUCGGACUCGUGGGGAGCGUUAAUGAAAGAAAGAGAAACAGUCAAAGAAGUUCGCUUCUCAACUGCCUACCCUAAGGCCCCACAGGUGGACUACUCCGUGAUCAGGCUGGACGUGGAACAAACAAAGAAUCUCAGGUACUUUAUCAGUGUCAAAGACCUCACGACCACCGGCUUCAAGAUUGUCUGUGGCACCUGGUGGGACUCGAAGAUUUAUAAUGUUGUCGUCCGCUGGACCAGCAACGUGGCAUAA